AAGCAAUUCUCCUCUUUCAUAGAUCCCCCAAUUCUUACCAAAAUCAAGCUCUUUUUUCCAUUAAUCUUCCAAGUAUUUGAUACAAAAACAUAUCAAGAUGGCAACUACAGAAACCCCCAAAAUUAAGCUCUACUGGUAAGCCAAGCAAUCUCACGAUACACACGGAUGCAUUCCGUCUUACUUACAUGCACGCGUAGCCAUUGUACCACAUAACCUUUCACCAUGCAAAUCACUAACACACCAUCCAGGCUCGAACAAUCACGCUCUCAAAGAAUCCUCUGGCUCCUCGAAGAACUCAAACUCCCAUACGAGCUUGAAAUCUUCCACCGUGAUCCCGUCUCCCACCUAGCACCACCGGAGCUGAAAAAAGUCCACGCCUUGGGGAAAUCACCCGUGAUCUCUGUAAAAACCGCUGGAAACGCGGAGCCUCUUAUCAUCGCUGAAAGUGCGUUCAUAAUCGAGUAUCUCCUUGAUCAUUUUGGGAAGGAAACUACUUUAUUGCCGAAACGGUAUAAAGAUGGACAAGAAGGGAAAGUUGGCGGAGAAUCAGAGGAAUGGAUGAGAUUCAGAUACUUUAUGCACUACGCAGAAGGUAGUUUAAUGACCUUGAUGUUAAUAGCAGUCGUCACAAUGGGUAAGCUUCCUUACACCCAGCAAACAAAAACCGAAGCAAAAAACCUCACUAACAACCUUCCAGGCAUCAAAAGCGCCCCAGUUCCCUUCUUCAUAAAACCCAUCACCUCAACCGUCGCCGGAAAAGUGAAUUCCUCAUUCCUGGACCCGAACUUCAAAACACACUUCGAUUUCCUCGAAGCGCAAAUCAAGUCUUCCCCCUCCAAUGGCAAGUAUCUCUGCGGUCCUAACUUGACAGGCGCGGAUAUCUUGAUGAGUUUUCCGCUUAUUGCGGGGAGGAAGAGAGCUGGUGUUACGGAGAAGACGUAUCCCGCUGUUUACGCUUAUACAGAGCGAUUGAAGAAGGAGCCAGGGUAUAUUAAGGGAGUGGAGAAGAUUGUUGCUAUUGAGGGGAAGUUUGAGGAGAGCAUUUAAAUUUUAGGUGGGCAAGUUUGGUGGGGGUAUGUUUGGAGUAUUUUGGGUCUUAUACGUGAUCUAUAUAUUUAUAUUAGCGAGGAUUUAACGAUAGAAUUUCUCACUCAUUUUGAGUGAAUUUUUGUCUCCAAGAAUCAAGGAAAAAAUUAGCUUGAUAACAUACACCAUCUUGGACAGACUACAGUACAAGGCGAGCUUAUUCUACAC